AUGACUCUGGUCCAAUCGUCUGCAUAUAUUUUCAGGCUCUGAGCCCCGGAAGAGGAGACGCAUCAUCAUCCUCAUGGCUGCAAGGGGUUUCCAGCUGAGGCUUUCGCGCUGGUUUCAGCGAUCCCAUGCAAGUGUUUCCCAGUCCCAGGACGAAGACGACCGCGGCGGCGAGAGGAACGGCUUGCUGAGGAGCCACUUGGACCAGAUCGUGCCAGUCACGGAUUUCGCCGGCACGUCCAACUCCAAGGCGUUAGCUGUUCGUGUGGAACCAAAGACCGUGGCGCUGAAGGUGUCCAUGCACUGCUAUGGCUGCGCAAGGAAGGUCGAGAAGCAAGUGAAGAAGCUGCAAGGAGUGGUGUCCAUCAGAGUGGAGCUGGAGAGCAAGAGGCUGACCGUCGUCGGAGACGUUAGCCCCACGGACGUCCUGGAGUGCGUGUGUAAGGUGACGAAGCAUGCGGAGAUCUUGCAGGCUCCCUAGCCAUGCAUCGGCUUUCCAGUCCAGUCCAGUUAUGAUGAUGAUGCAGCUGUGGUGGAUGUGCAGUACAUAUUGAUGUGGAGGUUAAUUUGGUAGCACAAAAAAUAUUUAUAGUACGUGAUUCUCCUUGCAAGAUCAGGAAUAAAUCCUAGAUCUCAGUAUAUAGUAAGGCCUUGUUCGGUUACAAGAGAAUAAAUUCCACCAUGGAUUUAAUCCGA